CCCUGAGACCCCCUCAAACAGCUCAGAAGCCUCCAGCCCUCUUCCACUCCUGUCAUGAGUUGACAGGUCUCAGCCCUCAGAGCAGUGGGGGCUGGGAGGGGGUGUCCGUUGGGCUCAGACCCACAGCGUCCUUCUUCCUCAGAAUGCUGGGGGGGGGGUAACCAUGGGGUUUGGCCUCCCCCUGGGAUCCAUCACCCUGUGAUCCUUCUCUUCCCAAAGCAGCCACAGCCACCAUGUCAGCCCACACCGCCGUGAUGACAGAGGAUGGUCAGGAGCUGAAGAGCGUGGUGAGCCGGGUGGCCAACCUGACGCUGGUGAGCUCGGCCUGUGGUGCCCUCUCCACCGCCUACGCCUCCACCAAGGAUUGCCACCCCUACGUCAAGUCCGUCUGCGACGCCGCCGAGAAGGGAGUGAGGACGCUGACAGCAGCGGCCGUCAGCGGGGCCCAGCCCCUCCUCACCAAGCUGGAGCCACAGAUUUCCACUGCCAACGAAUACGCCUGCAAGGGGCUGGAUAAGCUGGAGGAGAAGCUGCCCAUCCUGCAGCAACCCCCAGAGCAGGUGGUGGCAGGCACGAAGGAGCUGGUGGCGUCCACGGUGAGCGGUGCGGUGGGGCUGGCCCGCGGCGCCGUGCAGGGUGGCAUGGAGAGGACACGCUUGGCACUGAGCACCGGCGUUGGCACCGUGGUGGGGUCCCGCGUGGGGCAGCUGCUGGCCACAGGGGUGGACGUGGUGCUGGGCAAGUCAGAGGAGCUGGUGGAGCGGUAUCUGCCUGGCACGGAGGAGGAGCCGGGUGAGUGGCGUUGGAAACCAUCUCCCAGAUUUGAGGCUGCUGGAACCCCCACAGCAUUGCCCAGCACCUCCCUGGGUGCCCCCUGGGCCCUGCAGCGGUGCCAGGGCAGCACUCAGCACCCCACGGUGCCUACAGCCACCACGACACCACGCAGGGGACAGUCCCCAUCAGUCGGGAAGCUGAAGCUGGGGAACGUGGCUCGGUGGUGGGUGGUGAACUCUCACCUGGAAACCGGGAGGCAAAUAUACAUCACACGGGCAAUGGCCACCCCUGGCGCCCCGCAACGGGGAGCGCUCAGCUCGGUGCCGGUGCUGGGGGGCUCCGGUGCCCAGUUUGGGGUGCUCCAGCGUGGGGUGCUCCAGCCAGAUGGUCCUCACCCCGCAGCAGGGGUGGCAGGCGUGCAGGUGGCCGUGCCAGAGCGGCCAAGGCGGCGGCAGAGCUGCUUCGUCCGCGUGGGCUCACUCUCGGCCAAGCUGCGGCACCGAGCCCUGCGGCGCCCACUGGGUGAGCUGCAGCGGGCAUGGCACAGCGCCCAGCAGGUCCUGGCCCAGCUCCAUCACGUCAUCAAGCUGAUCGAGCAGGGACGGCAGGGCACGGAGGAGCCCCUGAACGGCACUCGGCAGGAUCUCCACCGCAUGUGGCAGGACUGGAGCCAGCAGGAUGCUGUGCCCAUGGAGGAGAGUGAGGUGGAGCCGCGGACCCUGGCCAUGCUCCGUGGGCUUCUGCGACAGCUCCACGCCGCCUGCGCCCGCCUGGUCUCCAGCGCCCGGGCACUGCCCGGCAGCGUGCAGGAGACAGCCGGGCAGGUCCAGCACGUCGUGGAGGACGUGCAGGCCUCCCUCUCCCGCGUCCACACCUUCCAGGAUCUGUCGGGCUUGGUGCUAGCGCAGAGCCAGGAGACGAUGCAGAGGGCGCAGUCGAACAUCGACGAGCUGCUGGAGUACGUGGGGCAGCACGCCCCCGUGCCCUGGCUGGCAGGACCCUUCGCCCCUGCCCUGGUGGAGUACCCGGAGGAUGUCCCCGUGGAGAUGGCCAAGUGGGAGGGCUGGCAGCACCCACGGGAGCACCCCCAGCAGCAGCCCCCGAUGCCCACGGGGGACGAGGGGACAAUGGACUCCAUGACCCAGCCCCGGUCCCGGGGGCUGUCGGUGCAGUCCCGGGUGUGUGUGUGGGGUCCCUGUCCGGUGGGGAUCAGUGCAGCUCGGUCCCUGAGAGGGGGAUCCAGUCCUGGGGCGGCCGGCGCAGACUGGUCCCGGGGUCCCGAUCCCACGGUGGGUCGUGCAGCCCGGUCCGGGGUGUUCCGGUGGCAGAGGUCGGUGCAGCCCUGUCCCAGGGAGGAGUCACGGCACCAGCCCCGGUACCCCGAGCCCCACCGGCCCCCACGGGUCGGUGCUCCCGGACCGCCCCGGGCCGGCCCCGCUGGGCGUGUUCCCGGUCACAUGCGCUCGGGGCCGGGCUCCGGGGCUAUAAAGAACGGAGGGGAGGGAGAGGGGCGAGUCCAAGGCCUAAACCGAGCUUCCAGAGCCCCCGCCAUGGCCACCAGCGAGCCCGCGACGGUGCAGCCCAAGGCUGAGGAGCAGCAGAGCAUAGGGGCACGGGUGGCCAACCUGCCCCUGGUGAGCUCAGCCUACGGCAUGGUCUCCACCGCCUACGCCUCCACCAAGGAUUGCCACCCCUACGUCAAGUCCGUCUGCGACGCCGCCGAGAAGGGAGUGAGGACGCUGACAGCAGCGGCCGUCAGCGGGGCCCAGCCCCUCCUCACCAAGCUGGAGCCACAGAUUUCCACUGCCAACGAAUACGCCUGCAAGGGGCUGGAUAAGCUGGAGGAGAAGCUGCCCAUCCUGCAGCACCCCCCAGAGAAGCUCAUCUCAGACACCAAGCAGCUGGUGACCUCCACAGUGACUGGGGCCAAGGAUGUCCUGACCAGCACCGUGGCUGGGGCCAGGGAGGCAGUGAGCAGCCGGGUGACAGGGGUGGUGGACAGGACCAAGGGAGCUGUGCAGGGCAGCGUGGAGCUGACCAAGUCAGCUGUGAGCAGCGGAGUCAGCACCGUCAUGGGCACCGCCGUGGGCCAGAUGGUGGUGAGCGGCGUGGGCUCCGUGCUGGAGAAGUCAGAGGAGCUGGUGGACCAUUACCUGCCCAUGACUGAUGAGGAGUUGGCCAAGCUGGCCACGGCUGUGGAGGGCUUUGAGCCGCAGCAGCAGAAGCAGCAGCAGAGCUAUUUCGUGCGCCUGGGCUCCCUCUCCACCAAGCUGCAGCACAGAGCCCUCCAGCACUCCCUGGGCAAGCUGCAGAGUGCUCGCCAGAGCAGCCAGGACCUGCUGGCACAGCUCCAGCGCACCCUUGAUCUGGUGGAGCACCUCAAGCAGGGCGUGGAUCAGAAGCUGCAGGGAGGGCAGGAGAAGCUGCAGCAGCUGUGGCUGGAGUGGAGCAAGAAGCAGCCAGGUGGUGGCAAGGACCUGGUGCCACCAGAGACAGUGGAGUCGGGCACUUUGGCCAUGCUGCAGGGCUUGACACAGCAGCUGCAGAGCUCCUGCCAGCCCUUGGUGUCCAGCCUGCAGGGCCUCCCUGCCAGCAUCCAGGAGAAGGCAGGGCAGGUGCGGCAGAGCGUGGAGGGGCUGCGCACCUCGCUGGCCGUCGCCUCCCUGCAGGACGUGACGGGCGGCGUGCUGGCGCAGGCCCGUGCCCACGCCGCCAGGGCUCGCCAGCUGAUGGAUGAGCUGGUGGAGCACGUGGCCCACAACACCCCCCUGACCUGGCUGGUGGGACCCUUCGCCCCCUCGGGCCAGCGCCCGGCGGAGCCGGAGGCCAAGUAG